UAUUUUUCUAAAUGGAAUUCUUUGUAUUUAUUUAAUUAUUUAUUGUCCAUGGCAUGUAAGGUAUAGGCUAAGCUUGUUUAUAGCUCUACACUUAAAUCUCUCACUCUCCCUUUGUCUGAGAAAACAGAGAGAUAAUGGAGCCAAGUGUGGAAGCUAAUGGACGCAUUGCAAGGAUCUCAGCUCAUCUGUUUCCACCAAAUCUCCAGAUGGAGGAUGGUUCUGCUUUGAGAAGAGUUGAUUGCAGAGCCAAAGGCGGGGCACCGGGUUUUAAAGUGGCGAUUUUGGGUGCUGCCGGAGGCAUUGGCCAACCUCUUGCAAUGCUCAUGAAAAUUAACCCACUGGUUUCAGUUCUUCAUCUCUAUGAUGUUGUUAAUGCCCCGGGUGUCACAGCUGACAUUAGUCACAUGGACACUGGUGCUGUGGUGAGGGGUUUCUUAGGCCAGCCACAGCUUGAGAGUGCUCUCACAGGCAUAGACCUUGUGAUCAUACCUGCCGGUGUUCCAAGGAAGCCAGGAAUGACAAGGGAUGAUCUUUUCAACAUUAAUGCCGGAAUUGUCAGGACCCUCUGUGAGGGAAUUGCAAAGGCCUGCCCUAAGGCAAUUGUCAACUUGAUCAGUAAUCCAGUGAACUCUACAGUUCCUAUAGCAGCUGAGGUUUUCAAGAAGGCCGGAACUUAUGACCCAAAGCGACUUCUAGGAGUUACGAUGCUUGAUGUUGUUAGAGCAAAUACUUUCGUUGCCGAAGUUCUGGGACUUGAUCCUAGGGAGGUUGAUGUUCCAGUCGUUGGUGGUCAUGCAGGAGUGACCAUUUUGCCACUUCUGUCACAGGUCAAGCCUCCUUGCUCCUUCACUAAAGAAGAAACAGAAUAUCUGACAAACCGCAUUCAAAAUGGUGGAACAGAAGUUGUUGAGGCAAAAGCUGGGGCUGGCUCCGCAACAUUGUCAAUGGCAUAUGCAGCUGUGAAGUUUGCGGAUGCAUGCCUUCGUGGCUUGAGAGGAGAUGCCGGCGUUGUUGAAUGCGCUUUUGUUGCUUCUGAGGUUACCGAACUUCCUUUCUUCGCAACCAAGGUACGGCUUGGUCGAAAUGGAGCUGAUGAAAUCUACCAACUUGGACCUCUGAAUGAGUAUGAGAGGGUUGGUUUAGAGAAGGCAAAAAGGGAGUUAGCAGCAAGCAUCCAGAAGGGGGUUUCUUUCAUCAAGAAGUGAAUUUCUCAUGUUUCUUACAGGGAUUUAUAUUUCGUAGUUGCUGUUGUACUCAGAAUCUACUUGGAUUAAAUUGUCAAUUUAAAUCAUCAGUCGCCUUGACGAAAUUUGAACUUCUGCUACAUAUAGGCUGUGUAAAUAAUAUAUGCAAUCAAGUCUUCAUU